UUUUGCAAAACACACGCGCCGUUUGAUGAGAUUUGAUGGGCCAUCAACAACUGGAAGAUGAAAAACACUCCAAAAAAGCGGCAACGACUUUUGAGAGAUGAGUUGCAGAGAUUGCACCCAUGCUUGGAACGCUUUUUCUGACCGGAACAGGACAUGCCAUUCAACCUUUUUCAGUGCGUUCAAACCUUUUACAGCGAUGGAGCGCCAGCUGAUACCCGAUCGCUCAUUUGUCUGGAAGAACGUGCGUGUGUGUGUGUGUGAUAUAGGUGAGUCUCUUAUGGAGACUGCCAUUGUCGGGACCUUUAGCUGCUGCGAUUUCUAUCUACGUAAGUCUGAUACCUCGGCAAGGCAGAUAACUAGUAUGAAAUGCUUUAAAAAUGGUUCUGGUCGGUCAAUAGCAUGCACAUCAAAAGCAUCAGCUUUGUUAUCGCAUGGUAGCUUGAUGGUCUUGGCGGUAUCUGAAUGAUAAGCAAACGUAGGACUGUCAUAGAGUGACAGUUUUGCCAUUUCAAAUGCAAUGACGUUUGACACCAGAAGGAGUUAACAUGAACAACGGAAUCACCACGUCGAGUCCAAAUCUAAAAGAGCAUCCUAUUCAACAUAUUGCAAAGUCCAGUCCGCUACCCGACUACCCAACUGCACGCAGCGACAUGUCCCAGUAGAAAACGUUAACGAAAUGACAACGAGAUCUCGUCGAAAUCGCCGCCGUGGUUUGUGUCACGUUUGCCCAAAAGCAACUCUUUGGCCAAGCCGCGCUUUCCAAAAAGGCUCAUCAAAGACAACGCAACCCAAACAUCAUCGUUUUACUUUUUUCUUCAUCAACCUUUUCAUCAUCACUUGCUCAACUAGUAUCAACAUUCAAAUAUGGAAGAUUCAAAAAGCUACCUGCGAGUCGCUCCAGCAAAGGAACUGGAAUUCCAUCGGCCAUUCACCACAGUGGUCAAACAAAGUCUUGUAGUGACAAAUCAAAAUCCCGACUCUCCUAUUUGCUUCAAAGUCAAAACGACCGCUCCCAAGCAAUACUGCGUUCGUCCAAACAGUGCUGUCGUACCACCAGGGGACAAUGUGGAAGUUCAGGUGUUGUUGCAGGCAAUGAAAGAAGACCCGCCGGAAGGAUAUGUGUGCAAAGACAAGUUUCUUAUUCAGAGCAUCAAAGUUCCAAACGACGUGAUGGGGCUAGACGGGGACGAACUGACGGCUCGAUUGCAGACUCUGUGGUCGCAGGCUGAACAGCUAAAAAAGAGUUCCCCUGCCGCGGCGGCUGAGGUUCUUGUUGAACGGAAGCUGAGAUGUGUAUUUUUGCCUCAGUUGGGUGCAAACGGCGUAGAAAAAAAGGACGCACAAUUGGGAGCGAAUACCCAGUCGGAAAUCAGUCGGCAGCCAAGCAUGAAACAAGAAUUCAGUGAUGCUUCGUCAACGUCCCCUCGCUCGUCCAUGAUCGUCGACAAGCAAGUACCAGAACUCCAAGCGCAAGCUGAAUCGCUUCCUUCAACCCGUCCCGCGAGUGGCCAGUUUAACGCAGAGGCCCGUCCGUCAUCAGCAAAUGUGAUCUCUCAACAAGCACAGGGCGCUCCGGCAGAUUCGAUCCAUCAAGAGUCCCUGAGGGAGAAGCAAUUAAAGGAAGCUCACGAUAAGAUCAAAUCCCUUCAAGCUGCCUGCGACGGAUAUAAAGCGGAAGUCGAGCGUCUCAAUCUUCUACGUCAAAGGAGAGGCGAUCCUGCUACCGGCAAAGACAAUACCGCUAGUAACACAUCGACCGUCAUAGCCCCUGCCCCUGUUACUGGACUCACCCUUCCUGUCGUUGCUGCUACCGCUGUCGUAGCUUUUGCCAUUGGAGCUACUUUCUUUUAAGUGUUUUGUUUAACCAAUACAGUGCAAUUGUAUAUCGAAUACCAUAGAUCCUAUAUGCUGGAAAUGUUGAGAUAGGAUUAGCUGUGCAUGGGUCAGCUCCGGCUUGCUGCGGGGAAUAAUGUCCGUAUGUGUAUUUAGGUUUGGGAAAUUGUAUUGAUACUAGCUUCGAAUUCAUUCUAGAAAAUAUUGCAGUUGUAGAUUCAUCCAUGC